AUGAUGGUUCCAAGCAACGAAGCAUUAGAGCUUCUUUUCAGCUACAAUAAUAUAGUUAUGGAUCUUAUUGAAAAAUCAACUGUUGAGGACCCCCUGCCAGAAAAAAUAAAGCAGAGACAUGCCUAUUCCAAGCAAUACACUAUUGAUAUCCAGAAAUGGAGUGUUGAGUAUUCGGAGCUGACUUCUCAAGUAGAUUCAAUCAAGGCCUUAUAUCCAGACUUUUUUGUAGAAAAUAAUGACCCCGUAAUGAAUUUAGACUUGCUUCAAGAGCAAAAUGUAGUUCAUGUACUCCUUUACUCUGCAGUCAUGUUUCAAUGGCCUUCUUUGGACCCGGUAGUCUUUUUUUCUGCUGAUGAUAUAAACAAGGGCACUGCUUUUAAUAAAACUUCAAUAGAUAGAAUGAAGUUGAAUCUUGAAAUGCUUUCAAAUUACGAAUGUAUUGAUUUUUUGGUAAAUCAAAAUUUCGAUGAUGAAAUCAAAACACUCCUAAGAACUUUGGCGCUCUAUUUCUAUAUCAGAGCAAAUGGUGGCAGCAUUACACUCAAUUUAAAUUGCUUUAUAGAUAAAAAGUACAAAUGAGAAAUAUGUAAGAUUUUUCAAAAGAAUGGGAAAUUAGAAACGUUUUUAAGAAAUCUUUAUCACACAAGUGUUUGCAAGGAGGCGUAUAAAAGAAUUAUACUUGCUGAAGAUGAAAGCGAUUUUGAAGCUAAGCUUGAGCAGCUCUUUGAUUAUGCGAUAGAGCAUUCAUAUUAUGCUAACCUUCCAAAAGGUCUUUAUGGGCUCACAGCAAUUGGUCGCAAAAUAUUCAUAUCAAGCGAAUACACUCAAAAAAAAGAAGAAGAAACAGAAGAAAAGAAAAAAAAUGAGGAAGAGAAAGAGAAAGAGGAAAAAAAAGAAGAAGAAAAAAUAUUAUCUGAAUUAGAAGCAAAAGCAAGAGAUGUAAAUAAAGAGGAAGAAUUUGAAUUUGGAUUUGGACCUACACUGAUAAUACUUUUGCACGAAAUAGCACACCUUGCUUCUAGAUUUUGGGCCCAGCAAAAUUCUUACUUUAUAAUAACGCCAAGGGAUAUCAAAAGCAAAUCAGAUCCUGAAAGAUCAUAUGGAGAAAGAGGAGACUAUCUUGAGACGUUACUUUUUGGCGACAGGCUGCAAGCUCUUUAUAGAAGAGGGGAAGAAGUUUUAUUAAAUAUUGAAAACUGAAACGUGCCAAUAGAUGAUUUUCAGUCAGAAUUCCUAAAUAUGCAAGAAUUUAGCAAAGCAAAUGGUGGCAAAGCAUGCAUCCUUUCAAGAGGAAAUGAAAUAACCAACUGUGUAAAAUUCGGCAGAUGUGGGAUGUCUUAUUGGACUUCACGUUCGUAA